CCUUCUUCGCGCGAGCAACGGCGUCUAGCGAUAAAAUGCCGCCUGUUCGAAGCCGACGCGGGCCACGUCGCCCCCACCGAAAUCCGCGGAACCAUGGCGGCCACGAGCUCCGCGACCACGACCGCGGCGCUCUUCUUCUCCGUCCUGCCCCAGCCGCCCACCGCCACCCGGACCCGGACCACCUGCCACCGCAGGCGGCACACGGCGGCCACCCGCGUCAGAUGCUCCAGCGCCUCUCCCGACCUGUCGCCGGCCGCUCCCUCGCCCGCGCCGCCCAAGCCCCAAAUCGAGCUCGAGUUCCUCGGGCCCAAGGCGGGCGCCGAUGGGUCGUACCCGGUGGACCGGGCGGCGGCGGCCAGCGGCGAGAAGCUCCUCCGGGACGUCAUGCUGGAGAACAAGCUCGAGCUCUACGCCGCAUACGGGAAGCUGAUGAACUGCGGCGGCGGGGGCAGCUGCGGCACUUGCAUCGUCGAGAUAAUUGAUGGAAAGGAGCUCCUGAGUGAAAGGACGGCCGCUGAGAAUCGUUACCUGAAGAAGAAACCGGACUCAUGGAGGCUCACUUGCCAGACUAUCGUAGGAAACAAAGAAAAUUCUGGCAAGGUCGUCGUCCAACGGCUGCCCCAGUGGAAGAAAUAAUUGUACGAUCUGCACGUUUGAUGUACUAACAGCAUGUGAUCCAGUUGUACCUACUGCCUUGUUGCCAUGUCCUAUUUGGACAAGUUUAUAACAAUUCCCAAGUUUUUUGGUUGUCUCUCGUCUCGUCCUGCACAGCUGCACUUCCAGACUUGUUCAUUCACAAUUAUGAAAUCAUCUUUCUGCAAAAUAAUAAUUAUGAAAUCAUCUACUA